AAAAAAAAACAACAAAAAACUUACAAAAAAAACGCUUGUAACGUAACAAGAUGGAGGUUUUACGUGAAGACGAGGAGCAGCAAAUGAAGUACAAACCCGGUGGACGUCUCGACAUGAACCAUGGAUUCUUACAUCAUAUUCGCAGGAAUCAGAUCGCCAGGGAUGACUACGACAAAGAGGUGAAGCAGGCAAAGGAACGUCAGAGGCGUCGGCACACAGCCGUCCCCAGGCGCCCGCGUCGGCCCGACAUCGAGGUGUAUCACCCCCGGCGGCGCAAUGGCGCUGAGCCAACUGCAGGGGUGGAUGCUGAGGAGUGGAACGAGAGUGGGUCGAGCACAGAGCUGGAGACCUCGGGCACAGAGUUAUUCUGGCUGGACUACCAGGCUGACUGCGGACGCCUCACCUCUUUCAUCGUUCACAAGGAGGACAAACCGGAGAGGGUGGUAGAGAAGGUGGCUGAGGAUAACGUUCUGGACUCGGCCAUGAGAGCAGUGCUGCAAGCUCGGGUCCAGGAGGAAAUAGACAAGAGACGCGACAAGCGCUGAGCUCACGCCAAGGAAAGAGAGAUGAAACUGGGGCAAGCGCAAUAAGGAAGGCAAAGAGGGAAGGCUAGGAGAAGCUAGAAUACCGUAAGGAGAUGACAAGGAACCUCUUCCCACUCUGACUGGGCCCAGUGGACUUGGAGCAGUCGGCUGUGGUGCGAAGGCCAAGGCCGUUGGUGGUGUGUGCGCGCACGCACUUGUACGUUGUGGUUACCUGGAGAACACACCUCACUGUGCAGCUCCUGUAGUCUCUCCUCUCUAAAGCCAUAGGCUCAAAUGGCACAGCAGGAACAUCUGGAGUCCCCCACUCCCAGUUUUUCUGUUUGGCUGGCAGGCCUUUGUUUCCAAGCCAUCGUAGCUGGGAAGGGGACGUGACAGAAUGUCCACGUUCAGUAGGGUUCUGUAAGACACUGCUCUUCGAGAGGGUAUGGCUCUAAAGACAGCCUGACGUGGCAGUACAUCCAGCUGAACGUUUUUAAGGACAUGUUGCUCGGCCUGCUUUGAGCCUUACCUCCCAUCCAGACCACACCGCACUGCUCAGCAUCAGUCAUCAUUGCAGUUGUCUUUACGCUGAGACAGUUUCAUGUACUGGAUUCUGAUGUCAUAAUUUGGUUGCUUAGACAUAUCCCAUGGACUGAUUUAUUUCUUUUCCCCCUCUCUCCUCUUUUCCUUUUUUCCUCAUUUUCAUUUUUGUAAUGCCUACAAUUUUCUACUACUUAGUAUAACAAGGUGAAGCAUGCAAAUGCACUUGGUAUAAAUUUUUCUGUUAUUCUUUUCUUAAAACUAGUAAUACAAAAGCAAUAGUCAAUGUUUUCCCAAAUGUGAAUGUAUGUUCAUUUUAAAAGCUUUUAAAGGCAUCAGGAAUAGAAAUUAGCUGUUGAACCAUGUACUAAAGAUGGGGCAUACUGAGGGGGCACUUGAAGACUCAAGCUGGUUUUUAACUUAAUUUUCUUACAUUCUGCACACUGAGUACUUCUGUAUCAGCACAAAAACUGGCAGUGUAGUAAAUACACACAAAUCUGUGUGUAGAUGGAAAGUAAUAGACACAUUGCUGAGUGUGUGAUCCACAGCAGUAAGGAUCACAUACCCAAUGACUGCUUCAGUGGUGGCUCAGUUUUAAAAUGUACUGUUUUUGUAAUAUGUAUGCCUUCCUUUUAAAAAUUUUUGUAUUAUGAUUUAGUUGCUCAGAUACAUGUAAAUGAUACAUAAAUGCAACCAGGUUAACAAGUGUUACUGAUGAAG